GGAAUCGUCGUAAAAUUUCAAAAUGGGCGAUGGCGUGAGGCGGUUUUGAUUUAGCUUAAAGAAUGAUUUUGUUUUUAAAAUGCAAAUUUUCAUUUUUUGCAUUACUUUUUUAAAAAUUUUACAUGUAGCGAAUAUAUUAGAAAAUGAUAGUUUAUAUGUACGUACCUAUUUAUUUGAUUGCCCUAUUCGUUAUUAGUGGAGAUAAUAUCCAAGCUUUAAGUAAUGCACAGCUCAAAUAUUUUGAACUUCUCGAUGCGGCUGAUGUUAGUCAUACGAUCACUAAAAGAGGCAUCCAUCCCAGUUACCACCGAUACAACACAAUUAAAGAAGUGUCUUUUAAAGCACUUGGCAGAUAUUUUCGUUUGAUUCUAAAUCCUACUCAAGGUCUUUUAUCGUCUAGAUUUAAAGCAUACACUGUGGAUGGACUUGGUAAUAAGCAACCAGUUUGGGUUGAUAAAAAUCAGUUCUUUGAGGGAAGAGUAUUUGGAGAAAAGAAUUCUGAAGUUACUGCUCACAUUGAUGACGGACUCAUCACCGCUGCUAUACGAACACCCGAAGACACAUACAUAAUAGAACCUUCUUGGCGUCAUUUAUUGGAAGAUAAUAAUUCCAGUAUGAUCAUUUACAGAGGAUCCGAUGUCAAAUUCAGCUGGGAUUCUAGUCACGAUGAUAAAAAUCCUUUACAGAGUAAGAAGUAUCCUGAUCCUUACAGGCCUAAAUUCUGUUCUUACGUUCGUGAAGACGGAAAUAGUUCUGAAGUUUAUGAAGACGAAAUUCUUAGUGAUCAAUGCAAAAAGAUGAACAAAAGGCAAGCUAUCGAUCCGUAUCAUUGGGAACCUGUUCAAACUCGUUGUUCAUUGUUGUUGGUAGCCGACUACAGGUUCUACGAAAACAUGGGAGGAAGCAAUUUAAAAGGAACCAUUAAUUUUUUGAUCUCUCUUAUUGAUCGUGUCAAUAAGAUAUUUUUAGAAACAGAAUGGCAAGAUAGUGAAAAACAACCCGGAUUUCGUGGGAUGGGAUUCGUCAUCCAAGAAGUUAUGGUACACACCGAACCAUCUCCAGUCGUUAAUGGAGAAAAACAUUACAACAUGGCCGACGUAUCUUGGAACGUACGAGAUCUUCUAGAGAAUUUUACUCUUCAUUGUAAAGAAGCAGUAUGUCUGUGUCACUUGUUUACUCAUCAAAGUUUUGAUACAGAUACCAACAUUUUGGGUUUAGGUUAUAUUGCUUCCAUCAAUCCACACAAGCCAGGUGGCAUAUGUAGUCCAGGAUAUGUGAAAAAUGGCUACACACUGUAUUUAAAUUCAGGUUUGAGCACUUCUAGAAAUCAUUAUGGUCAACGUGUGAUUACACGUGAAGCAGAUCUUGUCACUGCACAUGAAUUUGGACAUAAUUGGGGAAGCGAACACGAUCCAGACAUUCCUGAUUGUUCUCCGGAUGCUAGGCACGGCGGCUCGUAUCUCAUGUAUACAUAUUCGGUCAGUGGUUACGAUCCUAAUAAUAAGAAAUUUUCACCCUGCAGUAUUCGAUCGAUUCGAGCCGUCUUGCUGGCUAAAGCAAAUAAAUGUUUUUUGAAACCAGAAGAAUCAUUCUGUGGCAAUUCUCUGGUGGAAGAGGGAGAAGAAUGUGAUGCUGGAUUAAUCGGUAGCGAAGACAAUGAUCUUUGCUGCGAUACUAACUGUAGACUCAGAGAAGGAGUUAUUUGCAGUGAUAAGAAUGCUCCGUGUUGCAGAGGUUGUCGUUUGGUACAAAGAAGGGAAGUGUGUAGAGAAGCUCAACCCCUAGCAUGCAAACAAGAAGCUCACUGUACUGGCGAAUCACCGGAUUGUCCACCCUCGCCGGCACAACCCAAUAAAACGCUUUGUUUAGAUAAGGGCCAAUGUUUAGCAGGAGAGUGUAUACCUUUCUGCGAAACGAGAGAUCGUCUAUAUUGUUUGUGUGACAGAGAGGAAGACGCUUGCAAACGAUGUUGUCGUCGUACACAAAACGACACUUGUGAUCCCAUAGAACCGAUCGAAAUACUUCGUGACGGAACGCCGUGCAUACAUGGCUAUUGUGAUAAGGGUCACUGCAAAAAAACUGUUCAAGACAUCGUGGAAAGAUUCUGGGAUAGAAUCGAAGACAUCAACAUUAAUAGUGUUUUAAAAUUUCUUAAUGACAACAUCGUAGGAACAGUUGUUGUAAUUUCUGUUAUUAUAUGGGUGCCCGCCAGUUGUUUAAUAAGUUAUGUGGACCGUAAAAGAAGAAAGGAAUACAAAGAAGUAAUGGAGAGAAGAAGCAAACGGCAGAACAUUCUGCCUUUCCAAGCUCCCAACGAUAAAAACACCAAAAUCAUACACAUCAGUCGGCGAAAUCACGACAAUGCCAGUCUGGGACACGGCAUGGGAGGCGGUAUGAGCCACGCGGGUGGCGAUAAUUACAGAUAUUACAGCGAUCGAUUGUAUCCCAGAGGAAGUUACCGGCCGGCAGCGGCGGAAAUGUCCUAUCCUCAUCCGUACUCUCACCCCGACACAAAAUAUAACUACAACGUUCGUCCCCAACGGUACACGCACCUGAGGUCGAGCAUCGGUCCCGCCGAUCCCCGGCCUUUAAGGGUAAGGCCAUCAAUAGUCGAGGCAUACACUGCACUCUAACUUAUUAAUAAAAUGCAUGCUUUGGAAUUCUAUAAAGCAUUAUUAAAUAAUUUGCUUUUAUAAUUUAAUAGAAUAGCAGAUAAACAAAAAAAAAUCGCAUAGUAUUGUUAUAAAAUUAUACAAAAAAAAUGAUUGAAUGAAUGAAUGAUUUUUAAACUUUUUCCACGAGUGCGAAAAAUAUAUAUAUAUAUAUCGUAAUAUCUAGUCUUUGAAUUGAGAAAUUCUCGUUUGUUGUUUUGCAAAAAUAUUAAAUUUGAUGCAUUAUAUUGCAGUUUUGAAGAUUUUGAUGCAAAUAGCUGUUGUUAUAUCGUCUAAACAUUUGUAAUAAUGGGAAAAAGUGUUACAAUACUACUAGAAGUUGAUUUUUAUGUUUGAUAGUACAGGUUAUCGACCGUAAGCCUAUAUUUGUUGUUUGUAAAAAAAAAAGAGAGAGACGUUUUAAAUAUUUAACA